AUGCCAAAACCAUCGGAUAAUAGAUUAUAUAGUAAUAAUUCAUUAAAGACACAUGAUAUAUGGAGAUCUAUGAAUGGCGGUGCUGAGAAAGAAAAAGAGGUAAAAGAUCCAAAUUUACAUGGUCCGUCGUUGGAUGUUGCCGAUAACUACAAAGGUUUGAUGGCUAUCGCUCGUUUGACCGGUGCUGCCGACAAUCAAGCUGUCACAAGAGGAUCUUGUAAAAAGUGUGGAGCUGUCGGUCAUCUAACUUAUAUGUGUACAAACCUCGUUGAAUUCAAAUUGAAUAGUGGCAGUGGUGGUGUUGGUGGUAGUUCUUCUAACAAUCAGAGUGAUGAUCUAGAUGUAUCGAGUACAUCCUCAGAGAGCAGUAGCAGUGAAAGCGAAGAUAAAGAUAGCAAAAAGAGAAAGCAUAAAUCAAUGGAGCGAUCGGGAUCAAGAUCAAGAUCGAGAUCGACUUCAAGAACAAAGAGUAAAGAUAGAAAGAGAGAAAAGUAUAGAAAACAAAUGGAAAAGAGAAGAUUGAAGAAAGAGAAGAAAAGAGAGAGGCACGAUAGAUCGAGAUCAAGAUCAAGAUCACUGAGUAAAGAUAGAAAUAGAGAUAGAGACGAUGAAUCGAGUACAAGUAGAUCGAGUAGCAGAGAGCGAAAGAAAGAGAAGAAAUUGAAAUACAAAAAAUUGAAACAAUACUACAAGAAAGAACAAAAGAGAAAGUAUAAGAAGUACGAGAAGGAUCAUUCCGAUGAAAGUAGAAGCAGAAGUAGAAGUAGAGGUAGAGAUAGAUCGAGAUCAAGAUCAACUUCGAGAUCAAGAAAAGACAGACAUCACGAUAAGAAAUAUAGACAUAAACAUCACAGAAAGAAUAGAGAUAGAGAUGCCAGUAGAAGUAGAAGUAGAAGUGGAAGUAGAAAUAGAAACAAAGAAAGAACUAAUAGAGAUAGAGAUAGAGAUAGAAGUUUAAGUAAAGAUAGAUAUAGAAAUAAAGAUAGAAGUAGAAGUAGAAGUAGAAGCAACAGUAGAAAUAGAAGUAACCGAACAAGAAGUAGAAGUAGAAGUAACAAUAACAUUAGAACUAAUACACCUACAAAUAAUAAUAAUAAUAAUUCACAGAGUAUCGAACCAAUUGUAUCAAAUUCAAUUUAA